AUGCCUAUCCCUUCUGAAAGCAUUGGCGCGGCUGCGUCUCGAAAUGCAGGAUCAUCACCUACGUCUCCUGCUGCGACGAAACUAAAGUCAAUGGUCAACACUCAUGAGACGCAUCCCACCGUGCUGGAAAAGGACAAGUCCAUUCAUCCGGAGCAUGGCGUUAUUCACUACCCAUUCUACUUUGGAGGAGUUGCAAGCUGCGUAUCUGUCUGUUGUACGCAGCCACUGGGUGUCGCGGGCCUUCGAUUACAAACGCACGAUCACAAGUCCACUCACCUUGGUAUGAAAGGACUGGGUGCGUCCCUCACGAGGACGGUCAUUUACUCGGGCUUGCGGUUCGGCAUAUACGAAAAACUCAAGGAAAUGUCAACAACACCCACUCACACCCCAACGGCACCAACCAUGGCGGCUUUUGCUGCGUGUUCUGGAGUUGUUGGCAGUUUGAGCAGCAACUUCGCAGACAUCGUCUGUCUCCGCAUGCAGCGCGAUCCUGGACUGCCCAUCCAUCAGAGACGCAACUACAAGAACAUGGCUCAUGGCGUGGUGAAGAUGAUCACAACCGAGGGAUGGGGCAGCAUUUGGACGGGGGCUGGCGUCGGCGCAGGAAGAGCAGCCAUGGGAACAGCGACACAGCUGGCCGGAUACGACAUCUUCAAGCGGGAACUCAUGAAGAGGACAUCUCUCGGUGAUGACAUACCCUUACACAUUGCGUCCAGUUGUCUGGCAGGAUUCCUCUCAACAUUCUUGUGCAGUCCGCUAGAUGUGUUCAAAGCUCGGGUGAUGACGCAAAACAGCACCAAUUCCGUCCCGACCAUGCUCAAGCACAUGUUCAAGACUGAAGGCCUCUUGUGGAUGUAUCGAGGCUUGACACCAGCUCUAAUCAGCAGAGGUCCUUCGACAAUCAUCACUUUUGUCGCUUUCGAGCAGUUGAAGAAAGCAUACCGUCGUGCGCAUGGUUUGGAGACCUGA